GAGAAACCUCAAAAGUUAUACGACUCUUGACCUGUGAACAACACAAUACAGCCAGGACUGAGGCAAAAGUGGUGUGAACAAAAGAAAACACAGCAGAAUAUACUCUAGAGCCGUUCAAGUAUUCGGUCUUAAUUAUUAUUCAGCAUAAAGAGCAACAGUUUGCUGUUAACGCUUGUGUUGCUUAAAUAGCCACCACAAACAACGGUCACCGACCUACGCAAGCACACACACAAACACACUCACAUAGCCAUUCAUAUCAGUGCUUGUAAGAUGUCCACCCACCAGCACACCAUCCAACGCACUCUGUAUGCGCCGACAUUAUUGCUCGCCACCUCAGCCGCUUUUUUAGCGCUCAUCGCCUACGCUGACGCAAAAUCGACGGGCAUAGUUUUGGCACAACAACAACAGCAACCAAAUACACUACUCACCGACAUUGACAAUGACGAUAUGCGAGACAAUGAUUUGGGCGAUGCCGCGAACUAUGACAAACGCAUGGAACGUUACGCAUUCGGCUUGGGACGUCGCGCCUACACAUACACCAAUGGCGGAAACGGGAUGAAACGCCUGCCGGUCUACAAUUUCGGACUGGGCAAACGCGCCAGGCCCUACUCAUUUGGCUUGGGCAAGCGUGGUGAAUAUGAUGAAGAUCAGUACAUCGAUGACUUGUUGAAUGGCAACGCUAACGAAAUGGCAUUUUUUGACGAGAAACGCAACCGACCCUACAGCUUUGGUUUGGGCAAACGCUCCCUGCAAGAACCACCACCGCACCGAUACGGUUUCGGACUGGGACGGCGUUAAAUGCCGUACGCACAAGCAGACACCUCCGAAACAAAAACAACAGCAAUCAUGAAAAACACUAACGCAAACAUACAUCAGAACUGUUCGUCUUUGGUCGACGAGUGAAAGCGUACGAACUGAGAGUUGAAUUAAAAUGCGGGCAUCAUUUGGCUUUUGGUGGCGACCCACGAAAAAAAAUUGCGAAAAGUCAACUGAAAACAAAAUAUACACAUACAUAUAUAUAUUUAUAUAUUACUAUUAGCAUUUACUACUAGUCAGCAAUGAACGAUUGGCUGAUUUGGAAGCCAGAUUGGUUGGGUGCAGGGCAGAGUUUCCACGCCGUUUGGCUUUCAAAUGUGCGGUUUUGUUGCAAAUGAUCAAACUGUUUUCAUUUGUAUGAUUACUAAAUGUUAGCAAAACACUAAGCUGAAUCUUAAGUUGGGGAGCACACACACAUACACACACACACAUACAAACUGAAAUGUCAAAUAAUCAAAAUCCAUUGCCAAUUACAUUCAAUUACGUGUGAAUAUAUAUAAUUUUAGAAGCAUUUUCCCUUGUAUGUGUACUGAAAUAAUAUUUUACAACAACAUACAAACAUAUACUAAUACUUAUAUACUACCAUACCUGUAUGUAUGUAAUAUUUAUCAAUAAUAUACAUAGUAAUGUGUGUACAGUAAUGGAUAUGUAGUAUAUAAUGCAUGUAAUAGUGGACACUGAAUUGUUGUUGCUGCAGAUAUAUGAACAUAAUGUUAGCUUAUACUUAUGUAUGUAUUUAACAGUUAUAUAUAUAUAAAUAUAACACAACGGAGUCAAAGCAAGGCAAUUGAAAACUUAAUGAAAGCAAAACUUAAUAAUAAUAAAAUUAAAAUAAAAAUAAAAAGCAAGCAUUAAAGCAAAGUAAGCAAAUAUUUUAAAAAUAUGAUAUCUGUAUAAAAAUCUGUAUGUAUGUAUAUGUAGAGAGAGGUAACCUGAUCUGUAGAAAUGAGUAACAAAAAUACAAAAGUGCUAAUCAGAGUUAAAAAUAUUAAACAAAUAUAAUUAUAUUAUAUAAACGAA